AUUAUCGAGCAUUUAUAAAUACAUCGGAAAUAAUAAACAACAAAAUAUAAAUAACAAAAAAGUGAACUACUUGCGCUUUACAGCAGACAUCUUACAAAUCAAUGAUAAGACACAUCCAUUGCAAUUAACAGUUUAAUAGUGAACUUACAGCGACCUAGUGCCGUUAUAUUUGCCAAGGAGCAGCUGUUGAAUUUUUCUGUUCGCGACACUGAAAUAAUUAUUACACAACAAAUAAAUCAAAUAAAGACAUAUCGACAAUGUGCAACAUUAUAAAAUUGGCAGCGUACAGUCUAUAAAUAAUUUGUAAACAAACUGAGAAAGAGGAAAGACGCUCGCGCAGCAAAUAGCAGCAAGCCAUUGACACUGACAGAUUCACGUGCAACAGCCGCUGAAAUGGCGAACCGACAAAUGGCGCAGGCACCAGAAAACCCUUUACGUUUAUCUUGGCACGAUACCCAGAUGAUGGCGACAUUAAGUCCACAGACCGUUAUGGACUACUUUUGUCGUAAGAGCAAUCCCUUCUACGACCACGUCUGCAACAACGAAACGAUAAGAAUGCAACGUCUGGGAAUUGAGCACUUACAUAAUAUGGUUGGCAUGGAGUAUAUUUUGCUUCACGUCGCUGAACCUAUUCUCUAUGUCAUCCGCAAGCAGCAUCGUUACAAUCCUUCAGAGGCGACGCCAAUUGCCGAUUACUAUAUAAUUGGAGGCACCGUAUACAAAGCGCCCGAUCUGGCCAACGUUAUAAACGCGCGUAUUCUUAACACAGUUGUUAAUCUGCAGUCCGCAUUCGAGGAAGCCAGCAGCUAUGCGCGCUAUCACCCCAACAAGGGCUACUAUUGGGACUUUUCGUCCAACAAAGUUUUGUCUGACAAGUCUAAAAAUGAUAAAAAGGAUCCGAAUGCAGCCAAGGAUGACAACAGUGGCACUCUCUUCCAAAAGCAACGUGUGGACAUGUUGUUGGCCGAAUUAUUACGUAAAUUCCCACCGCCUAUACCACCGAUGCUACAAAAUUUGCAGCAGCCACUGCAAGUAGCCUCGGGAACCGAAGGCAGCAUGGGCGCGAAUUCAGCAGAGAAUCAUGCCAUUGGGCCAUUGGAUGUGGCAACGGAGAGCAUAGACAUGAAGCCGCCGCCUGAGAAGAAAUCGAAAUGAUUGGCGAGCAAUUUAAUCAUUUAAUCGUAUAUUUGAUAACUCUAAAGUAAACACAACUUAAUCUAAGG